AUGAAAAGAAAAGUUGCAGCAUGUUGUAAGCAACAACUUUCUCAUACACACCUCAUACCUAAACAUAAUGGUUUAAGUACUCAUUUAAAAACUUUUCAACAAAUGUCUGUUAAGAAAGAUGAGAUUAAAGAUUUAAGGGAUUUAGGAGCAUUAUUUUCAAUGCUCAAUAUCGUUCACAUAGAUUAA